AUGGCCCGGUCGUACGGCGGCAGGGUGCUGGCCGCGAUGACCCUGCUGGGCAUCCCGGCGGCCGUGCUGGCGGCCCUGGGCGCGCAGCUGCUGUUCCAGCUGCAGGCGGGCCGCGCCGAGCUGCGGGGGUCGCGCGCCGAGGGGCUGGGCACGGAGCUGGGCGCCGGCCCCGGGCUGCCCGAGGACGCGGCCGGGGCGCUGCUGCCGCUGGCCGCCGCGCUAGCCGCGCUGGCCCUCGUGCUCGGCCUCACCUGCCUGCUGCUCGCCGCGCUCUGCGGCCACCUGGGCGCUGAGAUGGCGCGGGGGCCCGGCCCCGGCAGGUCCGACUGGUUUCUCUAUGACUGCCGCCUUCUCAGACACAUGGCCCUUGGGCUCUUCUGCUGUGGGGUCUCCGUCUACUUAGCAGCACUGUCCGUCUACGCCCUGCUGCUUUUCGAGAUCGAGACAGGCAUAGCAGCUGCAUCCAUCCUCGGCUUGGGUGCCCUGGUCCUGGUAGCUGUGCUGACCCACACUCUGCUGCGGGCUGCCCGGGCCACCCGCCGUGGCCUCCAUGAGGUGUCCCUGCCAUCCUUUGAAGAUGACCCCACCCGCCCCACUGAAGUCUCCAACAUCAGCCCCAGAGUUCAGCCCCAGCAGGGUACUCAUCGCUGGACCCCCUAUUCAUCCUAUCCAGAGCCUGGGGACUCCCUUGGGGCCACAGCCACUUCCACAGCACCCACAGCCCUGGGGGGAGGCCGGAAGAGCAGUCUGCCUGCAUCCCGAAUGCAUCGGACACUGUCGGUUGGCAUGGGGCACUGGGAUGGGAUCACCCAUGAAAUGCGUAGCAUGCUGGGCCACAGGCCAGGGGCCAUGGGGAAGGACUCUACACUGGUGUGA